UGUUCAACAGAAUGCUUUAAUAUCCAACUUGAAACUAAGAAAAAGACAAUAGUGACGCCAUCAAUCAGUUUUGCUAUUUUAAGCUGGGCACGUGCCAGUCAGUCGUAUUUUAGGGUGUACCCAAAUAAAAUCAUACUCCUAUUACUUGCCAGGUCAACGCAAAAGCUAAAAGAAAAAACGAAGAAGCAUUUAAACAGCAACGAUACCACCUAUCAAAUGAAUGAACCUAGUCCCAAGACUGCCCAGCGCCAUCCUAUAGAUAAAGCCUCAUCUUCCUCCUCACUCUUCAUCCUCAGUACUCACUUCACUGCAGUGAGACCAUAUAACCCCAAACAAAACAAACUACUGCUCAAUAUAAUUAACAAUGCCUUGUUCCACCAUGGAUGCUGUAACUUUAGUCUCCAAAUGCACCAUCUUCCCUUCCCAAAAGACUUCACUUUCUGACCUCAAACUCUCUGUUUCCGACCUUCCCAUGCUUUCCACUCACUACAUUCAGAAAGGUGCUCUCUUCACUCGUCCCCAUUUCUCCGUCAUAUUUUCCGUAAGAUUUCCAACAUCCCUCAUCAAACGCAGCCUUUCUCAAACUCUUACCCACUUUCCUCCCCUGGCGGGCCGCCUUAUCACUGACUCUGACGGCUACGUUUACAUUUCCUGCAAUGACGCUGGAGCUGAUUUCACUCACGCCACGGCAACUCAUAUUUUCGUCCGUGACGUCAUUGGUUCCAUUGACGUUCCUGACCAUGUCAAGGAAUUGUUCGCUUUCGACAGGACGGUGAGCUAUCAAGGCCAUUUCAAGCCUCUUCUUGCUGUCCAAGUCACAGAAUUAGCUGACGGUGUCUUCAUUAGCUGCUCCGUCAACCACGCCGUCAUCGAUGGAACGUCUCUUUGGAACUUCUUCAAUUCAUUUGCUGAGGUGACUCGGGGAGUCAAGAGGAUUACGAGGCUGCCUGACUUCAGCCGUGACUCUGUUUUGAUAUCUCCGGUGGUGCUUAAAAUUCCGGAUGGUGGACCCAAGGUUACCUUCUCUUUGGACUCACCCUUGAGGGAGAGGAUAUUUUGUUUCAGUAGGGAAUCAAUUCUGAGGCUGAAAGACAAAACAAACAACAAUCCCAAAUGGAACAUGGAAGGAGAAAUCGACAUCGCUGAAUUGAUGGGAAAACAGAGUAACGAUCCACUGAAAAUAUCAGACAGCAAGUUAACGCCGUUAACUGAAAAUCUUACGUCUGAGAUCUCAUCAUUUCAAUCACUUUGCGCGUUGCUUUGGCGUGCGGUGACACGUGCGAGGAAAUUUCAUGCUUCCAAAAUGACGACAUUUAGGAUGGCCGUUAAUUGCAGGCAUCGGCUUCAGCCAAAGCUCCUUCCGUUAUACUUUGGCAAUGCAAUUCAGAGCAUUCCGACUUACGCAUCGGCUGGAGACGUUUUAUCUCACGAUCUACUGUGGUGCGCGGAGCAAUUGAACAAAAACGUGAAGGCCCACGGUAAUGCUAUGGUGAGGAAGUAUGUAGAGGAUUGGGAGAGUGAUCCACGGUGUUUCCCCCUAGGGAAUUUUGACGGAGCUAUGCUCACAAUGGGGAGCUCCCCAAGGUUUCCAAUGUACGAUAAUGAUUUCGGAUGGGGUAGGCCUAUUGUUGUUAGGAGCGGAAGGGCCAAUAAAUUCGAUGGCAAGAUAUCAGCAUUUCCGGGAAGAAAAGGAGGCGGCAGCGUUGAUUUGGAGGUGGUUUUGGCUCCAGAAACAAUGGAUGGACUAGAAUCUGACCCAGAAUUCGCCCAAUUUGUUGCAGGAAAUUAAAUGCUAGAUCCCGAGGAUUGUGAUGAUGGGCAUAGAUGGCGGUCGUUUGUUUAUCGGGGAAGAAGAUGAGGAUGUGACAUAGUAGCUCAUUUUGUGAUUAAUUACCCUAUUUCGUUUUACUAUGAUCAACUUAAUCUAAUUACAAUUGGAAUUAUUAGCAGGUUUUCCUAUUGGUAUAUUAAAUUAAAAAAAAAAUUAGCAGGUUUUCAAUGUGACA